AUGAAGAAGGUGAGAUGGGAAGAGUGUAAGGUAGUCACACUUGCAAAUGACGAAAUCCUGGAGGAAGAUACCAGCAAGCCAACAGAGCACAGCCAAGGAAAUUCCCAGGAAAUUUUGGAGAAAAAAGAACAAGGAAAUGGACUGAUACAAGGGAAAGAAGAAAAACAGAAAGAAAUUUUGGAACCUUACGUGCCAAAGGCACCAUUUCCCCAAAGAUUCAGAGGAGGUGAGAAAGAGAAGUCAUACUCAAGAUUCUUAGACAUGUUUGCAUCCCUUAGUGUCAACAUACCUUUCAUGAAAACUCUCCAACAGAUGCCUAACUACAUCAAGUGCAUGAAAGAGUUGCUGAUCAAGAAAGGAACCUUGAAAGGUGGACUAACAGUGAUGAUGAACAAGGAAUGUAGUGCCCUCAUCAAGAAGGAUUUACCUCUGAAGAAAAAAGAUCCGGGGAGCUCUCAUAUCCCCUGUGCCAUAGGAAAUACAAGAAAUGAUAGAGGAUUCUGUGAUCUAGGAGCCAGCAUAAAUGUGAUGCCUCUGUCUUAUAUGAAGAAAUUACAAAUCGAUGAACUAAAAUCCACAGAUGUAGUCAUCCAAUUGGCUAAUAAGACUCAGAAGGAAGCUGAAGGAGUAAUUGAGAAUGUAUUGGUUAAAGUGGGAAAUUACUUUCUCCCCACUGACUUUAUUGUUCUAGACAUGGAGAAAAGUUACCUCCAUCCUAUUAGUCUGGGUAGAUCGUUCCUAGCCACUGCUAGAGCACUCAUAGAUGUGGAACAAGGAGAGUUAAUAUUGAGAAUACAUGAUAAACAUCUCACUUUCUAUGUUUUUAAACCUGCAACCAAUUUUGAGCCAAAACCUAAGGAGCUGACGUAUGAUCACAGCAAAUUGUCCCUGGAAGAAAGCAAUAGUGAACCGGAAACAGAGCCCUUGAAACAAUCCUUGGUGAACAAGCAAGAAUUUUAG